CACCACAGCUCACUCGCUUCGAUGAUCAAACAGUAUUAAUGGUUUUGUAUCAACCGACCUGCUCCCAACACUCUCAAUACACUGAAAACCCUGCUGUUUGGCCUCAACUUUCUCUGCGCAGCGGAUCUCUCGGUUCAGCAAACAUGGCCUUCGAAGACGACAGACCCUUGACCUCGCUCCAAAGCGUCAUUCUGACCACGGGACCAUUUGUCUUUCUCUGGAGCACCUUGAAAGGCUAUGUCGCGCGCAACGGGCCCUUCGCCGUCGCCCGACCGAUAACCCGCCUCAACAGCCAGGUCUACGCACUGUUCUCGCUGGGACUGGCGUACUUGAUACUCAACGACGUGUUCCACUUCCACGACCUCGAGCAGGUCCAGAGCGCAGACCUUGCGUACGUCUACCACCUGUCCAAGUUCUACGAGUACAUCGACGUCUUCAACCUGGUCGCCGCGGGGACCGCGAUCAACCCGCACAUGGCGUUCCACCACAUCACGACGCCCUUCCUGACCUACUUCCGCGUCCUGAACGCCACGGACUGGCAGCUGUUCGCCUUUCUCAACUGCCUCCACCACUUCUGGAUGUACGCCUACUUUGGCGGCGUGUCUUCGUUCAGGCCAAUCCUGCGCGUCACGGGCUGGGUGCAGCUGAUCGCUGGGAUCGGGCUCGACGUCUACUAUUUUGCUACGCACGGCCAAGGCGCCCCCGAGGCGAGGAAUCGGGCUAUCGGCCUGAUGAUCCUGACCCGGUACGCGAUGCUAUAUUACGAAGAGAUAAAGACGGCAAAUGGGCAAAAGGGGGCCGGAGCAGAACAGAAAGGCGAGAAAGCGGAUUAGGACAUUCCUGUCAACUUCCCGAGUCACUUGACGUUUUUACAAUUUUACUGAGCUAAAAUGUCCCCCAAUGCUCAAUUGGCGACGUUGAUCAACAUCGACUUGACGCUCAGAUAUUCCUCGAUGCCCUGUCGGCCGCCUUCUCGACCAUACCCACUUUCCUUCACGCCGCCGAAGGGGCUCUCGCAAGCGCUGAGCAGCCCCAGGUUGACGCCGACCAUGCCGACUUCUAGUGCCUCGGUGACCCGGAACGCUCGUGGGAUGUUUUCCGUGACGAUGAAGGAUCCCAGACCGACGUUACAGUCAUUUGCCAUUUUGAUGACCUCUUCCUCGGUGUCGAAUUCGUAGAGACCGACAACGGGAGCAAAGGUCUCUUCCCGUGUGGUGAUCAUCUCCCGAUUCAUCCCUUUGAUAAUCGUGGGCUGGAGGAAGUAGCCUUUAAAGUCCUUCAACGGCUCUCCACCAAGGAUGACCUGGCCGCCGUGUUUCUUAGCAUCUGUUUUUUUGGAGUUAGCUAUCAUUUACCAAAAUCUACCAGGUCCUGUCGCCUUACCAUUAAUGUGGUUCAUGGCCUUUUCGACGGCUCGCUCGUGCGUCAGUGGGCCCACGAAGACUCCUUCCUCGGUUCCUGGGCCGACUUUGAGCGAUUUGAUCUUGACCGUCAGAGCUUCGGCGAACUUGUCAUAGAUGCCCUUCUGUACGAAGAUCCGGUUGGCAGUCACACAGGUCUGGCCAGAGUUUCGGAAUUUGGCCAAUAUGCACGCCUCGAUCGCGGUGUCGAGUUUGGCAUCGUCAAACACGAUAAACGGGCUGUUCCCACCCAGUUCGAGGGAUAGCUUCUUGAGGCUGUCACUGCAUUGCCUGGCCAGGAGUUUGCCCACACGAGUACUGCCUGUGAAGCUCAACUUUCGGACCAAAGUGCUCUUACACAGUGCUUCGCCGACUUCGUUGACAAGAUUGAGGGUGGUGAUAACGUUGAUGGAGCCCUUUGGGAAUCCAGCUUCAUGAGCAAGGACGGCUUGUGCGAGAGAACUCAACGGAGUUUCCCCAGCUGGUUUCCACACCGUGGUGCACCCUGCUGCUAGCGCUGCGCCCACUUUUCUCGUUAUCAUGGCGAUUGGGAAGUUCCAAGGAGCGAGACACGCCGCGACCCCGAUGGGUUGUUUGAACGUCAAGAUACGCUGGUUUAAGUUGGCUGGAGGGACAACCUCGCCGUGCACCCUUUCAGCUUCGCCAGCGAACCAUUCGAGGAAAGAAGCCGCAUAAGUGACUUCGCCUUUGGCUUCGACCAGGGUCUUGCCAUUUUCAAGCGUCAGAAUCAAGGCGAGAUCGUCGACAUUCUCGAGGCAGAGGUCGCUCCACUUCCGCAACCACCUUGCGCGCUGGCGGGCGCUCGUCUUUUUGAAACUCUGGAAGGCUUCGUGUGCAGCAGCGAUGGCCUUGUUGGUGUCUUCGGCGCCCAUUUCAGGGAGGGUCGCGAUUUUGUCCAGAGUGGCUGGGUCAUAAACAUCGAAUGUUUUGCCCGAGGCUGCGUCGACCCAACUUUCAUUGAUGUACCCUUUUGUCUGAAACAGGUCUUUGCGUUUCAAGUCGUUCAACGUCUUGGGCGCCAUGUUUACUUGCUGGAGUCGUUGAUCGCCUCCUCUAAUUCUCGAAUUCCGGGUUCGCGGGGUAUGUAAUUGGAUAGAACGAGUUGUGAGUCGUCUCAAGAUGUCGAAUCCGCAAGUGGCGAUAUACGUAGGACCUUGAAUUGAGGAGUCUCAAAGGGACAGCGAAAGCUCGGUGUCUGGAUCGGCACUUCUGCUUUAUAUCGCCCCAGGGACGUUUCGUACUGGCAUUGGCACGCAGAAUGCACACACCUCAUAGGCUCACACCCCACAUGAUGG